AUGCCACCUCGAAGAUCACACAAGAAGUCUCGCGCCGGGUGCCGGAGGUGCAAAGUCCGCAAGAUCAAGGUUGCUCGGCUCGAUUUGCAGUGCGAUGAGGUUCACCCGAGAUGCGGCAACUGCGUCAAACACGGCGUUCCUUGCGACUUCGAAGCUCCCGAAGUCGCGGACGAAUUGGCCCCUGUGGCGACUCCCGUCAGCGUCUCGACCGUCCCUUCAACCCCGAUACCUAUGCAGCCUCCGAUUCCUGUAGCCGCCGGUCGAUUAUCACCAGGCCUCGAGCCCAUCACACCCGCCUUGCUUUCACAACCGACCAACUUAACACGGCCAAACACCUCGAACCAAGCAGAUAGGUUAAUGGAGCUGCGGCUUAUGCACCAGUACACCAACGUUACGGCCAAGACACUCCUUAAUAACUCCCCCGAAGUGGACGAAGUAUGGCAGCGAGUCGUGCCCAACAUGGCAUUUGAAGGUAGGCAGUACCUCGCAGACGCCAUUCUAUCUGUGGCAGCUUUACAUCUUCGAUCCGAGAAUCCGCAAGACAAGGCCCUGGUGAGGGCCUCGCACGCUUACACAGCCUCGACCUUGGCAGAGUACUGUGCUUCCUUAGAAAAGGGUAUAAACGCAGAAAAUGCCGAGGCCUUAUUUCUUACAGCAACCCUAAUAGCAUUCCAGUCGGUUGCUUCUCGAAUAUUUGCCAAGGACGAUACAGAUGCGGACCCGGAUGAUCCGAGCUCUCGCUAUGCACUGCCACUGCCGUGGUUUCAUGCUUUCCAGGGCGUUAAAACUAUUGUUGCGAGCUCCUGGUUAUGGAUCCGAAGCAGCUCUAUUGUAAAAGCCGUCAUUGACUCCCAACCCGGCCUGCAGUUGAAUCUGAAUCCAUCAGGCGUGGGCUCAUUUUUCGGGCAUCUGCUUGAGGGCCUGGAUGAAGAACUUGCCACAGAGGAUCCGCAUAUGAUGCAAACCACGGGUCGUUCUUAUACUCAUGCUGUGUGUGUAUUGAAUUGGGCCCAUCGCAGUACCUUCCCAGCCGCUUCUCUUAGUUUCCCAUCCACGGUUGCACGACGGUACGUUGAGCUUGUGGAGGCAAAGCGACCGCGGGCCUUGGCCAUCCUAGCUUGCUUUUUCGCAUUACUGAAGCGUAUGGAUGAUGUGUGGUGGCUCACGGACGUAUCGCGCCGAGAAGUUAUGGGCUUGGUUGGCUUGUUCGAGUCCGGCUCUAAAUGGUGGCGUCACCUCGAGUGGCCCAUCAGGAUAGCUCUGUGGGAUGGUACCACGAUCCCACCCGACAUCUGGGGCCACGAGUUUGACGCAGCUGCACCAGCUGCGCCCCAGGGCUUCGUGAGCCAUAUUGAGCUGAUGGCUGACCUGAUGGGCCAGGCGCCAGAGCAGUUGGCCUCAGCCUUUAAUCCCAUAGGGGAUCCUCCUCCUCCCCUCACGGCGGAGUCCCCUGACUAG